UCUUUGAUUUCUCUGAGGGCAGUCCAGCUAACAUGCUCCAGUUUAGAGCAAACAAAGGAAGAGGAGCCGCUGACAGAUCAGUCCUUGGAUCUUAUUUCUCCCCAGCGACAAUGCACGUGUGGGCUACAAAUUGCAACUUCGGGGACAUUGUUUUUAGAUCCUCUUGAAUCAGGGAAGGGAUCAAGGACGCCAAUUUGACUUCAGCCGUGGAAUUUAAGCGUGCAAAGCACACCGAGCGACCUUUUCUUCCAUUGUGCCACUCCAGGCAGGCUUAAAAAUAUGUCUAUCACGGGACUAAAGAAGAAGCAGCCUAAAAUGUUUAAAGUGAAAGUUUCAACAAUGGAAGCUGAAAUGGAAUUCAGCUGUGAGAUGAAGUGGAAAGGAAAAGACCUGUUUGACCAGGUGUGUCGCGCAUUGGGGCUGCGAGAAUCCUGGUACUUUGGUCUCUGGUAUUCUAUCAAAGGAAUGGGCAUUUGGUUGAAGAUGGAUAAAAAGGUUUUAGAUCAGGAUAUUCCCAAAGAAGAUCCAGUGAACUUUUGUUUUUUGGUGAAGUUUUACCCUGAGAAGGUUGAAGAGGAGCUUCUGCAGGAGAUCACCCAACACCUCUUCUUUCUGCAGGUUAAGAAACAAAUAUUGGAUGAAGAAAUCUACUGUUCUCCCGAGGCUACAAUUUUAUUGGCAUCUUAUGCAGUUCAAGCCAAGUAUGGUGACUAUGACCCAAAUCUGCACAAACCAGGUUUCUUAGCUCCAGAAGAGCUUUUGCCAAAAAGAGUUCUCCGUCAAUAUCAGAUGACGCCUGACAUGUGGGAAGAAAGGAUUACUGCCUGUUAUGCUGGACACCAGGGAAUGGCCAGAUACGAAGCUGAGAUGAACUAUCUUAAAAUAGCACAAGACUUGGAGAUGUAUGGGGUUAAUUAUUUUCCAAUUGCUCAAAGGAAGAAUCAUACAGACUUCCUGCUUGGGGUAGAUGCCAAAGGGAUUCAUGUCUACAGCAUCAAUAACCGCUUCUCUCCUAACAAGUCUUUUGAGUGGAGCAGCAUCCAAAAUAUUUCUUAUUCUGAUAAAGAGCUUAUAAUUAAACCUAUUGACAAAAAAGCCGAGGUUUUCAAGUUCUUCUCCUCACAGCCUAAAGUCAAUAAACUGAUAAUGCAACUCUUCAUUGGAAACCAUGAUUUAUUCAUGAGAAGGAGGCGAGUGGACCCCAUUGAGAUCCAGCAAAUGAAAGCUCAAGCCAGGGAGGAGAAAGCAAGAAAGAAGAUGGAGCACCAGAGGCUGGCCAGGGAGAAGCAACUGCGGGAGGAAGCCGAGCGAGCCAAAGAAGAACUGGAACGACGCCUCUUUGAGGUGGAAGAUGAAGCUCGGCAAGCUAAUGAGGCUCUGCGCCGUUCAGAGGCAGCAGCAGAAUUGCUGGCUGAGAAAGCUCAGAUAGCUGAGGAGGAAGCCAAGCUGUUGGCUCAGAAUGCUGCCGAAGCAGAGCAGGAGCGCCAUCGAUUGGAGUUGGCGGCCUUGAAAACCAGCGAGGAGAAGCGACUGAUGGAGCACAAGAUAAGGGAGGCCGAGCUGAUUGCCAUGAAGCUGGUGAAGGAGUCCGAUCGAAGGGCCAAAGAAGCUGAGCAUUUAAAACAGGACCUACAGGAAGCCAGAGAAUUCUGGGUCAGGUACUAUUUUAAUUAUGUUCACAGCCCAUUUGAUUAUCUCUACUCUGUUUACCUUUUUGUUUUGUCUGUGUUUCAUAGGUUAGACUACUUAGAUAAGAGUAGAAAGUUUGAAGAUCGGCUAAAAGAACUCAAGACUGAAAUCCAUGCUCUCAAACUUGAAGAGAAACACGCCGGAUUUCUUUCUCAUUGGAACAUAAUCCUUGACUCUUUGGAUCAUUCAUCAGAGAAGGAAUACAAGGCUCCUGUUUGGAUGAAAACCCUCGAAGCAGACCUGUUUAAUAAUCUGCCACAGUCCUUUUCACCAUCAUGCCUGCUAAAUGUGAUUGAGAAUACCAUGCCCAGUGCAGCAACAGAAAACUCUUUUCCAACCCAUCCCCUGGUUAUCAAUAACAUGGAAACAGGACACCGAAAGCACAUUAAGGUCCAACAACACAAAACAGAUGUGAUCUAUAUCUGAAGCAACAGAAUGACCAGAUAUCCAACUCAAGUUAUCCAUCCAAAGAUUUCCAGACUACUUUCAUAUUCUGGGGGAAAAAAUGCAGCUGCUGCUUAAAGCAUAAGAAUGGAAAUAUUUCUUUUCCAUUCAUAGGAAGUGGUGCUCAUAUUCUGAUAUAGAAAUACCUAGGUAAUACUAGCCAACCAGAGAUCUAAGUCUGCAAAUCUAAUACACCUUACUAUUUAAUACAUCAUCUUGAAAGUAAUUGAACAUUUCUACUGGGUUACUUGAAAAUUUGUCAUGCCAAUGUAUGUUUGUAAGAAGAAUCUUAAGAAAUUCAAACAGAUCUAUUCUACUACGUUCCCAAAGUCAGCUCUAUUAAGUUACUUGAGAGUUAAGAACUGAGUUGUAUAUUCAUUGAAGAAUUAUGAACGUGCUGUUAAAUUUCGUUAAAGGCAAUGGGAUUGUAUCAAUUAACUAGAUUAAGGUUCUGUACAUUUAGAAUUUUUCAUAAAAGUGGAAAUGUAAAUUUAUGAUGGUGAAUAUUUUUAUUUUUGUAAAGUGUUCUACAAUUAUUACUUUGUCUUUCUGAUUAAAGGACAAAAUUCUAAACACCCAAAUCUGUUUAUUAAAACAGAAUCAGUGGGAAUGCUAUAUAUGUCCUUAAGCCAAAACUGGGUUGGGCUUGUUCAGCUCUUUUGCUAAAAAUAGAGCCUGAUCCUAUUCACACACUGAAUGCUCAAAUGUAAACAAAAUGUAUUAUUCUGCCAUGUAAAGAACUGCAGCCAGGAGUUCCUUCUGAGAACAGAAACUUAGGAUUGUGCUCUUAUUUAACUUGUAUCCCACCCUACGAUGAAUGAGGCUUUUAAAAAAAAUAUGAUGAAAAAGAGUUUGGAACAAGAAGUAAGGUAAUAUGCUUAUUUUAAUGCCGGUAUCUAAAUAAAAAAGCCUGUGUUUUAUGUUUCUUAAAAUUCAAAGCAACAUAAAUCUUCCAUCAAACAUUUUAUUCUCUUCCUGUGA